AAGAUCCUGGAAGUUUUUGUGGCCUUCAACCGCUUUGGCAAGGACUUAUUGAGAAGAUUACUAAGGUGAUGUUGCUUGGGGGGAAAUGAUCAAUUCACUGUAGACAAUAUCAUGAAAGUUAAUUACAGAAGACUUCAGCAGUUUUGGGGAUAUGGACUUACAUAUUGAGGGAUGCCAAGGAAGCAAAGAAUACCAGAUUUCUUUGUUUGUGAAAGAGGCAAAGAAUACCAGAUAAUAGCAUUUUGGUCUUCACCAGUUCCUACAUCCUACACUGCUUUCCUCUCUCACAGCCAACUUUUUCUUCUUUCCUCCUUUUGCCAGUCGCCUGGAUCUACAAUCUGGAAGGUUGUUUUUCUACUGGACUCAAGGUGCAUCUAGGUAUUUACUAAAGUUGGAAGAACUUUAGUUAGAAAGCAAGCAAAACAACUAAAGAAGAUGGUGUUCUUAGAUGCUGAAAGCAUCAAGAAGCUAUGGGAUACAUGGAACAUUAGAGGACUGAUUAUGCUAAGCCUCUUGGUGCAGUCUUUUUUAGUUCUGUUUGCAUCCAUGAGGAAACAAAAAGGGGGAAAAUGGGUUGCCAUGAUAUGGGUGGCAUACUUGCUUGCAGACUGGGUUGCUACAUUUACUAUUGGACUCAUCUUACGCACUGGAAGUAGUGACAUCUUGGUUUUAUGGGCACCCUUUCUUUUGUUGCAUCUUGGUGGCCGUGACAGCAUCACCUCCUACUCUCUGGAGGAUAAUGAGUUAUGGCUUAGACACUUGCUUGGGCUUUUGUUACAGGUUGGAUCAACUAUAUAUUUUAUCCUUCAGUCUUUCUCACAAAACAAGCUUUGGCUCCCAACCCUCCUAGUGUUACUAUCAGGCAUAAUCAAAUAUGCAGAGCGGAACUAUGCUUUUUAUCUUGCAAGCUUUCAGCGUUUUGGUGAAAAUUGGGUGGAACAUUUCAAAAAGUUGGGAACUGCAGAUUCCGGGCCUGAUGUAUUGGCAGAUGAUUAUUUGCAGCCAAUUUUUGUUGAUUCCGAUCCCAAGUCGAUAUUACAAGCUGCAGCUUACUUGUUUGGAACUAUCAGGAGGCCUCUUCUUGGCUCCUUUUUAUCUAAAUCUGAACGUGCAAUGGGUUUUGCAGCAUUUGGAAGCAACAAUAAGGAUUUUUUUGCAAACGAUGCUCUCCUAAAGAUGGAAAUUCAGCUAAGCCUAUUGUAUGAGGCUCUCUACACCAAGUUACCUGUGAUUGUUUCCAAGGCUGGGUGCGUCAGUCGCAUCUUGAACUUGAGUUGCAUCUUGGGAGCCUUGUUGUCAUUCUCAUUAAUGAAGAAGCACUACGAGUUGGAGGAGUUUGAUGCCUGGCUAACCUAUGGGUUGUUGAUCGGAGCCUUGACUUUGGAUUUCAUAUCUAUCAUUUUUCUUGUGUUCUCCGACUGGUUUGUUUUUGCUAACUUCAAUAUUUUGCGAUACUUCCGCAACUUGGGAUCCAGAUUGGAGGCUACAGUUGUCAAGAGGCGCAGGUGGUCUAACAAAAUUCCCCAAUUAAAUUUUAUUACUUAUAGUUUUAAGGACUAUCCAAACUGGUUGAAUUCAUUGGCUAUUUUUCUUCCUUUGAGGAGUUUUUUAAAAGCUAUAAAAGUACUUCGAUGUCUUUCCUCCCAUAAUUUUGGAGAAGACCCACAGUACUGGCGCCGUAUUUUUGAGGAUGUCGUGUACGUUCACAGGGAACUGCGUGAACAACUCAUACAAGAUUUCCUUGGCGUAGAAGAUGGGCCUGGUUUUUCAGAUGCGCUUUUAAGCAAGCAUAUAGCCACCGAAUUAUCCAUCCAAGAAGAAAAUUUCCAGAGAUCUUCAUCUGGGAGUACUGAUAAUGACAGAAAAAUUUGCAAGCUAAUUGCAGAUUAUAUGCUUUACUUUAUGAUGAUGGAGCCUGCUACAAUGACCACUGUGUCGAACAAUUGGGAGAAAGUGUUUAAAGACACAUAUGAGCAUACUUGGUCAAUUUUAGGCCGGAGUUCAGUCUCAAAUGAAAAGGAUGCCAGCAGAAAAAUUCUUUCAGCUAACAUUGACAACCAUAAGAGGGAGGAUCUAGCCGCAUCAACGUUACCUAAAGCACAAGAUUUAGCCAGGAAACUCAAGAACGGGACGUAUUCCUGGGAGAGAUUGAGAGAAGAAUGGGUUUUCCUAAUGUGUUAUGCUGCGCGUAGAUGUAGGCCAAACGUGCAUUCACAACUACAAAGUAAGGGCGGAGAACUACUCACCUUCAUCUGGCUGUGUAUGGCUAAUUACUCAAUGAAAGUGUAUGGCUAAUUACUCAAUCAAAAUGCAUGGCCUAGUCGCUGGAUAAAGAUUGAUUCUUAGCUACCACAUCGAUCACCUUUGGUUCUUAUGUGUAUAUUUUUUCUUGAUUUGUGUGCUUUUUUUUCUCUUGAUUUGUGUGUAUUUUUUCAAUUCUUCCUUUUACAUAUGUACAAGUGGUCCUCACCCAGCUUCGCAGAAGUAUUGGUAACUCAAUUUAGCAAUUUAUUGAGUAUAAAUAAGAUGUUUACAU